AUGACUGUAGAAGUAACAUCACCAACAACUGCUGACGAUAUCGAACAACAACGUCCCCUUUACGAACCAGAAUACAAAGAAGCAUACACCAAUUCAGCAUUCAAGAACCAUUUAAUUGCCUUCCUUGGUGAGUUUUUCGGUACUUUUAUCUUUUUAUGGGUUGCUUUCGUCAUUGCUCAAAUUGCCAACCAAGAUCCAAACAUCCCUAAAGCCGGUGGAGGAUCAGACCCUAUGCAAUUGAUUAUGAUUUCAUUUGGGUUUGGUUUCGGGGUCAUGAUGGGUGUGUUUAUGUUUUUCAGAGUUUCUGGUGGUAACUUGAACCCAGCAGUUACUUUGUCUUUGGUUUUGGCUGGUGCUGUUCCUCCAAUUAGAGGUGCUGUUAUGGUGGUUGCCCAAAUGAUUGGUGGUAUGGCUGCUGCUGGUGCUGCAUCAGCAAUGACUCCCGGUAAGAUUGCCUUUGCCAAUGCAUUGGGUGGUGGUGCUUCAAGAUCAAGAGGAGUGUUUUUGGAAGCAUUUGGUACUUUUAUCUUGUGUUUUACCGUCUUGAUGAUGGCAGUUGAGAAAUCAAGAGCCACAUUUAUGGCCCCAUUUGUCAUUGGUAUUUCAUUAAUGUUGGGACAUUUAAUUUGCGUUUACUAUACCGGUGCCGGUUUGAAUCCUGCUAGAUCUUUUGGUCCAUGUAUUGCCAGUAGAUCAUUCCCAAACUAUCACUGGAUCUAUUGGGUUGGCCCAAUCUUGGGUGCAGUUUUGGCUUGGGGUGUUUGGAGAUUAUUCACCUUCUUGGGUUAUAGAUCUUGUAACCCAGGUCAAGAUAGUGAUGAAUAA